AUUCAGCUCCCGGCUUCUUCCUGGGUGACCUCGUUUCCAUGGUGACCGCAUUGCACCUGAGCUCGGUGCCCGUGAAGCUCUCCGUGAGGGGAUUAGGAGCCGGGAAGGGCCCGGAAGGCUCCGGAGCUUCCUCGGGGGGCACCGCACAGUACUGCAGCCAGAGGUUAGAGCCCUGACAGCGGGUGUUACUGUACAGCAAACGUGAGCUGAGAGCUGCGGUCAGCAAGAGGCCUCCCGUCAUGCAUCGCUUUAUUGUGAGUGGUAGCUCGGGGAGAUAGGGGACAGCCGGACUGAGGGACCGACCGGGCCAGCCGACAUGACUCUCCUCAGGAGCUGCAUGGCAUAGGAGACGCUUCUUCUGUGUGUUCCACACCUAUUGUGGGCAGGCUGAAAUCUUCGUCUGUUGUGAACGGGAAUCAGAAUGGCCUCUAUUAAUCUGGAGAACCAGCUGCAGAGUGCUCAGAAGAAUCUGCUGUUCCUGCAGCAGGAGCAUGCCAACACACUGAAAGGUUUGCACGCUGAAAUCCGUCGGCUGCAGCAGCAUUGCACAGAUCUGACAUAUGAACUGACAGUGAAGAGUUCUGACCAGACAGGUGAUAGUAUUUCAAGGAGUGACGAGCUCAGGAGAAGAUGUGAAGAACUGGAAGCUCAGCUGAAGGACAAAGAAAUAGAGAACAACGAGUUGUUAAAGGAGUUAGAGCAGAAAAAUGCUAUGAUUAUGGUGCUUGAAAAUACUAUUAAAGAAAGAGAGAAAAAAUACUUAGAAGAACUAAAAGUUAAAAGCCAUAAAUUGAAUAUGCUGUCCAGUGAACUGGAGCAGAGGGCCAGUACUAUUGCCUAUCUGACAUCACAGCUGCAUGCUACCAAAAAGAAGCUACUCGGUACCAGUGGGGCCCCUGAGGCAGCCACUCCUGGCAGCCCAGUAACAUCUAGUUACAAGCCAUCUCCUCCCAAAGAAAAGCAACCAGAGACUCCAAGAAGAAGAAUGAAGAAGAGUCUGUCCACACCCCUCAAUGCUGACUUUGCAGAGGUCUACAGACUAGGGGCAGAUGGUCGAAAGAUAAUGUUGCGUGAACCUGUGGAUGCCAUGCCAGACCCUACUCCCUUUUUAUUGGCAAGACAGUCAGCAGACACACAGAUUAUCAAAGAGAGGCCACUUGUCAUUCCUCCGAUUCGCUCCGACUCUAGUAGUCCAGCUAAAGAGAAGAAGCAGAAGGCUCAUGUUGGAGUUGCACAUCGAAUUCCCCAUGCCACCUCUGUUCAGAGUCAGGUUGGACCUCAGCCAGAAGUUGAAACCUUAGCAGUGGAUCAAGUCAAUUCAAGCAAAGUUGUUAGGAAGCACUCAGGAACGGACAGAACUAUUUAAAUAUAAUUAUGUAAUUAUGAUAACAUCUUAAAAAAAUAUUUGGCUUUUUAUGCACCGUGUGACAAUAUAAGAUUAAGAUGAAUACAGGAGGUAGAUUUGAUUUUUUACAUUUUGCUAUUAUCUUCAAAUCCCCUGCAUGCCAAAUGUAAGCAGAUUUGCCGAGAAAAUGCUGCUGUCCUGGGACUCCAAUGGCACACUGAAUAAGUGCUGUGACAAGAUAUCAGCCUAUAUAAAGCUUGCUCCAGUCUUUUCAACUUCUAGCCAAGUAUGUUGACAAAAAAAGCACACCUGCAAAGUUGCCACUUGUACAAUACUGUAACCGAACACUCAAUAUAAGUCUGACAAGCUACAAGGCUGUUAAUACAUAAUGCUCAAUAAGUAUCUAGUCUGUACACUGUAUAACAAUGCCUAUACUUUAUUGGCAGCACUGAAAAGAAAGCAGUUAUCUUGUAUAUGUCUGAUUUUAUUUAAUAAUACCCAGUACUCUCACUGAUUCCAAUACAGUGUCUAUCUUUUAGAGUGUUUAUAGGUUUCUUUUAAGUAAACUAUAAGCUAAUUGCCAAUUAAAUAUGUCUCUUCACUGGUAA